CUGCGCCGGUGCGCCCGUGACCAGCCGGUCGGUAGGACAGCAGGAGUGAGUAAAAGAAGAAGGAAAAGCAGGACAGAAAACAGAAAACAAACGUUAGAUACAGUCGAGGUUUUAAAGAGCUGUUACAGAGAAAGAAAAGUGUAGGAGGGAAAAAACUUAGAGCAAACUUAGUGAGGAGAAAAACGACAUGAUUGAGAUGGAGAACUCGGUACCGUAUGAUAACGGCUUCUAUCAGGAAGAGGAGGACUACAUGAUGCAGGAGGAAGAGUGGGACCGAGACCUACUGCUGGACCCGGCCUGGGAGAAACAACAGCGCAAGACGUUCACUGCAUGGUGUAACUCCCAUCUGAGAAAAGCUGGCACACAGAUCGAGAACAUCGAGGAAGAUUUUAGGAACGGCCUCAAACUCAUGCUGCUGCUCGAGGUCAUCUCAGGUGAACGGUUACCCAAACCUGACCGAGGGAAAAUGCGAUUUCACAAAAUCGCUAACGUCAACAAAGCUCUGGAGUUCAUCACCAGUAAAGGAGUGAAGCUCGUCUCCAUCGGCGCCGAAGAGAUCGUAGACGGGAACGUGAAGAUGACUCUGGGAAUGAUCUGGACCAUCAUCCUGAGAUUCGCCAUUCAGGACAUCUCUGUAGAAGAAACCUCGGCUAAAGAAGGCCUUCUGUUGUGGUGUCAGAGGAAAACGGCUCCUUAUAGGAAUGUUAACGUCCAGAACUUUCAUGUCAGCUGGAAGGAUGGCCUGGCGUUCUGCGCCCUCAUCCACAGGCACAGGCCCGACCUCAUCGACUACGCCAAGCUCAACAAGGACGAUCCUCUGGGGAAUCUGAAUCUGGCGUUCGACGUGGCGGAGAAACACCUCGAUAUUCCCAAGAUGCUGGAUGCAGAGGACAUUGUGAACACUCCUAAACCUGAUGAGAGAGCCAUAAUGACGUACGUCUCCUGCUUCUACCACGCCUUCGCUGGAGCAGAACAGGCUGAGACUGCUGCUAACCGCAUCUGUAAAGUUUUGGGGGUGAAUCAGGAGAACGAGAAGCUGAUGGAGGAUUAUGAGAGACUGGCCAGCGAGUUGUUGGAGUGGAUAAGGCGCACCACCCCGUGGUUGGAGAACCGCGUGACGGAGAAGUCCGUGGCUCUGAUGCAGCGUAAGCUGGAGGAUUUCCGUGAUUACCGUCGUCUUCACAAGCCGCCCAAAGUGCAGGAGAAAUGUCAGCUGGAGAUCAACUUCAACACUCUGCAGACCAAACUGCGCAUCAGCAAUCGACCUGCCUUCAUGCCCUCUGAGGGCAAGAUGGUUUCGGACAUAACGAGUGCUUGGCAGGGUCUGGAGCAGGCGGAGAAAGGCUUCGAGGAAUGGCUGUUAACGGAGAUCCGCAAACUCCUGAGGGUCGAUCACCUGGCUGAGAAAUUCCAUCAGAAAGCCACCACUCAUGAGACCUGGGCCUCAGGUAAGGAGGAGCUCUUGAUACAGAAAGACUACGAAUCUGCAUCACUGACGGAAAUCCGAGCUCUGCUGAGGAAGCACGAAUCGUUCGAGAGCGACCUCUCGGCUCAUCAGGACAGAGUGGAACAGAUCGCUGCCAUCGCACAGGAACUUAAUGAGUUGGACUAUCAUGAUGUAGCAGCAGUGAAUCAGAGGUGUCAGAGUAUCUGUGAUGUCUGGGACAAGCUUGGGACUCUCACCCAGAAACGGCGUGAGGCGCUAGAGAGGACCGAGAAGCUUCUGGAAACAGUAGAGCAGCUGUUCUUGGAGUACGCAAAGAGAUCUGCUCCCUUCAACAACUGGAUGGAGGGAGCCAUGGAGGACCUGCAGGACAUGUUCAUAGUGCACACUAUUGAGGAAGUUCAGAAUCUCAUCACAGCCCACGAGCAAUUUAAAGCCACUCUCCCAGAGGCGGACGCAGAGAGACAGGCCAUCCUGGGCAUCCAGCAGGAAGUGCAGAAGAUUUUUCAUAGUUACAGUAUCCGUGGUGACCUCAUCAACCCUUAUAGCACCAUCAGCCCUGAGGAGCUCAUGAGCAAGUGGGACAAGGUAAAAAAGCUGGUUCCUCAGAGAGAUAGUGCUCUGCAGGAGGAACUAGCGCGACAGCAUGCUAACGAGAGGCUCAGGCGUCAGUUCGCUGCCCAGGCCAACGUCAUCGGCCCCUGGAUCCAGACCCGGUUGGAGGAGAUCGGCCGAUGCGCCCUUGAACUGGGCGGGACUUUGGAAGACCAGAUGACACAACUGAAGCAAUGUGAGCAUGUGAUCGUCAACUAUAAGACCAACAUUGAUAAACUGGAGGGAGAUCACCAGCUCAUCCAGGAGUCACUCAUAUUCGAUAACAAACACACCAGCUACACCAUGGAGCAUAUCCGUGUCGGUUGGGAGCUGCUCUUGACCACCAGGUUUGUGGAGUAG